AGGUGGCGGGAUUAACCCCCUCGGGGCUGGGCAGUGGCAGAACAUCGGCCCGGCCUGAGGGCGGCUCGCCUUGGAGAGCCGGGCACGGUGGGGUCCCGGCGGUGCCUGGCUCUGGGGGACCCGACCGCGCUGCGCCCACCCCUGGGCUGCGGCAUCGCAGCGGGCACCUGGUGGGGUCAGCCCCGGGCGGCCAGGCAGCCUGGCUGAGGUGGGAGUGAGGUGGGGCCCCAGCGUGCAGCACGGCUCGGGAGCCGGUCACCCUGCGUACAAAGGCCCGUCCCGCCCCCUACGCCCAGGGUUAAUAUAUUGGUGCAGCGCUUGGUGGAAGAUAAGAAUGGAUACAGAGUACCUCAAGAAAUGCAUAGGAAAAUGCUUAGCUGAGGGACUUGCAGAGGUGGCAGAGCAUCGGCCAGCAGACCCAAUUAAUUAUCUGGCAUACUGGCUUUACAAAUAUAAGAAAAAAUUAAAUAAAGAAGAAGAGAGGAAGGUAGAGAGGGACCAGCUGAUACGAGAUCGUGCAAAGGCCCUGAUAGAACUGGAAAUGGUACAAAAACUGAAAGCAGAAGAGCUCCUGAUCAAGCAGAAAACUGAAGCACAUUAUCAGAAGAUAAUUAUUGAACAGUAUCCAAGAAAGAUGACAGCAGAACUGACCAACAAGUCUGGAACCUCUAAUUUGGCAACGGUUGUAGAGGAUGAUGAGGACUAUUAUUUAGACUCGUAUUCAUACACACCCCUGAACCGUGUCACUGAAGUGCAGGCUCUUUGUGAACAUCCGUAGUUCUGUUGCAGGUGGAGGGCUGAUGAUAUGCCUUUUUAAACUGGAGCGAUACCUUAUGAAUGUAACAAAAUUGUAGUUUGAAGCAGAAGCCGUAGCAUGAUACAUCUGGCAAAAAUCAACACCUGGGACCGUGGACUAAUCUCUAAAAUCACUGCCAUGGAUGGUAUCUACACUCACAGAUGUAUGUCUCUAGUUGGUGGUCGGAAGGAGUUAAGGGAGGGAAAACCUGACCUUAAAUAGAAUCUAUACACCUUCAUCCAAAAAGAAAUGGAAUAUGUAUUCAAAAAGCACACAGCUAUACAAGAGUGAGAAAACAAGGGUUGAAAAUCAAAUUAUAUAUUGCCAAAUGAAGAACAGUCAUAGUUUGCGAUUGAGAGGACAAUAUUAUGUGAGUAGAAAAGAAACUGGAUAAAUGUACUGCAUACUGACAAAAUAAACUCAUGUACACUGAUUGGCUGUGAACUAGAGUUCCUUGUGCAACAAAAUUUAUCUGUUGGAGUCAUGAAGGUACCUCUCCAGAGCAUAUCAGAAAUUAAGGACGCAAAUAAGAUGUUUGCUGUGUUUUUUAAAAAGUAACAAACUGUUCUAGCUUAAUGUUAACCUCUGCAAUUCACUGUCACAAGAAGUUCCUUCUCCCAUCUGGUCAGAGAAGCUGCUUGAGUCCCACAAUCCUGCUGACAUUAGAAGCAUUUCCUGUUUCCAUCUUUCAAGGGAGCUGGAUAGUUACAGUGAAAAUAAAUGGAGAAAAUCUUGGACUUAAAAGAGGAUUGUGCAAAAUCCAUUCCUUUCCUCCUCUCUGAAAACAAAAGCAACCUAUUUUUCGGGUUUUUCUUUCUCUUUCCUGUCUCACUCUGAAAUAUUUACAGGAGCAUAACAUAUAUGUGAAAGGUUUUUAAAUAGUAAAUGCAUUAAGUUUUAAUUUCAGCACAUGAAUGAAAACUUUAUUUUAAAAAGUUUAAAGUGAUAAGAACAACAAAUUUCUUGUUAUACUUGUUAUGAAACAAUAAGAAAGUUGUAGCAUUAGGUAAAAGCCUAGAAGAUGAAGGCAAAAGGGUGGUAAUAUUGGUGCCCUGGGAAAGGGGUAAAUGGCUAGUGGGUGAAGUCACUUGUCAUUGGAUAUUGAGGAGAGAUCAGUGAGUGAAGUUAUAAACUAUUAGGUAGAGGGGGACUUGGUUUGCUAAAAUUCAGAAAUGUCAGAGGUCCUGUCCACAUUUUAAAAACAUGGCUAAAUAAAGCUGGCUGGCUAGCUCAACUUUCUUUGUCUUCACAGUGUUGAAUUCACAAAGUAAUUGUUUCUAACUGUGGAAAAUGGAAUAGUUGAUAUUUAAUACCGUAAAUGAGUGACUAAAUGAUGUUUGGUAAUCAAUAAACAUUAUCUGACUCAACAUACCUAAUAUGAAAGAAAGACAAGGUGCGUGAGGCAAUAUCUUUUAUUGGACCAAUGGUUGGUGAGAGAGACAUGCUUUUGAGCCAGAGAGGUCUUCUUCAGGUCUGGGGGCAGGUGUACAUUUAAAACACUGCAUUGGCACAGCUGUGCCACUGUAGCACUUAAAUGAAGAUGUUCCUAUGCUGACAGGAGAGUGAGUCAGCAUAUUUAAUCCAUCUCCACAAGAAGCAGUAGCUGUGCCGAUGGGCAAAUCCCUCCCGCCGACACAGCGCUGUCUACAACAGGUCAGGUCGGUAUAACUACAUUGCUCAGGAGUUUGGAUUGUACUACUGAUGUAGUUAUACUGAUAUAAGUGUGUAGUGUAGACAUGGCCUGGCAAAGCUACUCUGAGGGCAAGUCUACACUACAAAAUUAAGUUGACAUAAAUUAGGUCAAUGUACAGCCACCGCCACAAUUAAAUUGCUUUUUCAUAUCCACACUACACUCCUUGUUAUGGCGGUGCGCAUCCUCACCAGGAGCCCUUGUACCUGUUUAACUGUCAGUGUGGGGCACUGUGGGAAAGCUUCUGAAAGGCAUCAACAGUUACUGUAAACAAUGCAGUGUCUACACUGACACUGGAUUGACCUGUCAACCUAAGCCUCUUAAGGAGGUGGAGUUAAGUCGGUGUAGUAGGUGAGUUACAUCGGUUGGAGCUACAUUUUAAUAUAAACGCUUACAGAGUUAGGUCAACAUAACCUAACUCUGUAGUGUAAACCAGGCCAAAGUCAUAGCACAAUUGCAAGGUGGAAUAGAUAGUGUAGUGUAAGUAGUUAGCACAUAUUGUAAGGGACCAUUCUAGAGUGACCUGUUAACACCCCUGCAGUCAUAGGACAAAAAGAGGGAGUUAAUGGGUUACAGAUUGUUGUA